UUGUUGCCGUCGGAGCGCCCCGCUUGACUCGUUCCCGUCCGCCCCCUGGGCCUGGCGGUCGCGCCUGCGCACUGGCAGCUGGCCGGGCGCUCGCUGGGGGAGCUGCUGCAGGCUCCGCGGCGGCGGCGGCAACGGAGGCUGCGGGGGCAGCGGCGCGAGCGGCCGGGCUUGGGGGGGGUGCCGAGCCCGGCCCGGAAGCCCGAGCAGCUAGAGUGCUGGGUACCUAGGCCCCUCACUCUGGACUCCACAGUCUCCGGGCCGCCUGACCUCCACACGGGUAUAUGGGAUGGAAGCGGGACCCUCGGGAGCAGCUGCAGGCGCCUACCUGCCCCCCCUGCAGCAGGUGUUCCAGGCACCUCGCCGGCCUGGCAUUGGCACUGUGGGGAAACCAAUCAAGCUUCUGGCCAAUUACUUUGAGGUGGAUAUCCCUAAGAUUGACGUCUACCACUACGAAGUGGAUAUCAAGCCGGAUAAGUGUCCUCGCAGAGUCAACCGGGAAGUGGUGGAAUACAUGGUCCAGCAUUUCAAGCCUCAGAUCUUUGGUGAUCGCAAGCCUGUGUAUGAUGGGAAGAAGAACAUUUACACUGUCACAGCACUGCCCAUUGGCAAUGAACGGGUUGACUUUGAGGUGACAAUCCCUGGGGAAGGGAAGGAUCGAAUCUUCAAGGUCUCCAUCAAGUGGCUAGCUAUUGUUAGCUGGCGCAUGCUCCAUGAGGCCCUGGUUAGUGGCCAGAUCCCUGUUCCCUUGGAGUCUGUGCAAGCCCUGGAUGUGGCCAUGAGGCACCUGGCAUCCAUGAGGUACACCCCCGUGGGCCGCUCCUUCUUCUCACCGCCUGAGGGCUACUACCACCCGCUGGGGGGUGGGCGCGAGGUCUGGUUCGGCUUUCACCAGUCUGUGCGCCCUGCCAUGUGGAAGAUGAUGCUCAACAUUGACGUCUCAGCCACUGCCUUCUAUAAGGCGCAGCCAGUGAUUGAGUUCAUGUGUGAGGUGCUGGACAUCAGGAACAUAGAUGAGCAGCCCAAACCCCUCACGGACUCUCAGCGUGUGCGCUUCACCAAGGAGAUCAAAGGUCUGAAGGUGGAAGUGACCCACUGUGGACAGAUGAAGAGGAAAUACCGUGUGUGUAAUGUUACCCGCCGCCCUGCCAGCCAUCAGACGUUUCCCUUGCAGUUGGAGAGUGGACAGACUGUGGAGUGCACAGUGGCACAGUAUUUCAAGCAGAAAUAUAACCUUCAGCUCAAGUAUCCCCACCUGCCCUGCCUGCAAGUUGGCCAGGAACAAAAGCAUACCUACCUGCCCCUAGAGGUCUGUAACAUUGUGGCUGGGCAGCGCUGCAUUAAGAAGUUGACCGACAACCAGACUUCGACCAUGAUAAAGGCUACAGCUAGGUCGGCCCCAGACAGACAGGAGGAGAUUAGCCGCCUGAUGAAGAAUGCCAGCUACAAUCUAGAUCCCUACAUCCAGGAAUUUGGGAUCAAAGUGAAGGAUGACAUGACGGAGGUGACAGGGCGAGUGCUGCCGGCGCCCAUCUUGCAGUACGGCGGCCGGAACCGGGCCAUUGCCACACCUAAUCAGGGUGUCUGGGACAUGCGGGGAAAACAGUUCUACAAUGGGAUUGAGAUCAAAGUCUGGGCCAUCGCCUGCUUCGCACCCCAAAAGCAGUGUCGAGAAGAGGUGCUCAAGAACUUCACAGACCAGCUGCGGAAGAUUUCCAAGGAUGCAGGGAUGCCCAUCCAGGGCCAGCCUUGCUUCUGCAAAUAUGCGCAGGGGGCAGACAGCGUGGAGCCCAUGUUCCGGCAUCUCAAGAACACCUACUCAGGGCUGCAGCUCAUUAUCGUCAUCCUGCCAGGGAAGACGCCAGUGUAUGCUGAAGUGAAACGUGUUGGAGAUACACUCUUGGGAAUGGCUACACAGUGUGUGCAAGUGAAGAAUGUGGUCAAGACCUCGCCUCAGACCCUGUCCAACCUCUGCCUGAAGAUCAAUGUCAAACUUGGUGGCAUUAACAACAUCCUAGUCCCACACCAGCGCUCUGCCGUCUUUCAACAGCCAGUGAUAUUCCUGGGAGCAGAUGUUACACACCCCCCAGCAGGGGAUGGGAAAAAACCUUCUAUCACAGCAGUGGUAGGCAGUAUGGAUGCCCACCCCAGCCGUUACUGUGCUACUGUGCGGGUGCAGCGACCCCGGCAAGAGAUCAUUGAAGACUUAUCCUACAUGGUGCGUGAGCUGCUCAUCCAGUUCUACAAGUCCACCCGUUUCAAGCCUACCCGCAUUAUCUUCUACCGAGAUGGGGUUCCUGAAGGCCAGCUCCCCCAGAUCCUCCACUAUGAGCUGCUGGCCAUUCGUGAUGCCUGCAUCAAACUGGAAAAGGACUACCAGCCUGGGAUCACUUAUAUUGUGGUGCAGAAACGCCAUCACACCCGCCUUUUUUGUGCUGACAAGAAUGAGCGAAUUGGGAAGAGUGGUAACAUCCCAGCUGGGACAACUGUGGACACCAACAUCACCCACCCAUUUGAGUUUGACUUCUAUCUUUGCAGCCACGCAGGCAUCCAGGGUACCAGCCGACCAUCCCAUUACUAUGUCCUUUGGGAUGACAACCGUUUCACAGCGGACGAGCUCCAGAUCUUGACAUACCAGCUGUGCCACACUUAUGUACGAUGCACACGCUCCGUCUCUAUCCCAGCACCUGCCUACUAUGCCCGUCUGGUGGCUUUCCGGGCACGAUACCACCUAGUGGACAAGGAGCAUGACAGUGGAGAGGGGAGCCACAUAUCGGGGCAGAGCAAUGGGCGGGACCCCCAGGCCCUGGCCAAAGCCGUGCAGGUUCACCAGGAUACUCUGCGCACCAUGUACUUCGCUUGAAGGCAGAACGCUGUUACCUCACUGGAUAGAAGAAAGCUUUCCAAGCCCCAAGAGCUGUGCCGCCCAAAUCCAGAGGAAGCAAGGAGGAGGAGGAGGGAGGGUAGGGAGGAGCUCAGAAGGCCUUGUUUCCUUCUUUCUACGAAGGGGGCGAAAGGGUGGGGGACAGGGCCAGUAAGCCAGACCACCAGCCAGAAAUUUCUGAUGUCCACCUCAUGACCCCCACCCCUCACCCAUCUUGUCACAUCUGGCCCUGACCCCACUGGACCAAGAGGGGCAGCACUGGUGCCCGCCAUACACACAGGUGUCUCUUGUGACUCACAGUGCUAAAGACUCAUGCCUGACAGCUUGGUAAGGUCGGCUCUGCAGCCCCGCGGACAAAAGCUGGUAGGUUUGGGUUUGAUACUUUAGAUGGGAGAGUGAGGGGCUUAAAAAAGUGGGUGGGAGGAGGGAAGGAUUUUUUAGGAGCCUUAAUCAGAAAAGGUCUAGAUUUGUUUAAGAGGAAAAACGAAACCAGACCCAGAUCAAUAUUUUAGAAUACUAGAUGUUUUAAUGGGUUGAAAAUCCAGUUUGUAGGAAGAUUUUUAAUGCUAAUGGUUUUGGUUGACCCUCCCCCAGCUGCCACCCCCUUUCCAUUAUUCCUUUCUCUCCACUUUUUCUACCCCACCUUACACCUCCUCCCUGACAGACAUCCAGCCCCUAGUAAGACUUAAGGCACUAUGGCACUUAGCUCUGAAGUGACACGACCCUGUCUUCCUUCCGCCUACUGGUGGGUAACCAGUGCCUUCCCUGUAACGGUAAUGCUGCAGAACUGCAACCUUUUGUACCUUUCUUUGGGGGGGAUAGGGUGGGGGUGGGAGAGGAGGUAGGUGGGGAAGAAAUACCCUUAACCCAACAAGCCUCCAACCAGAGCGCCAGCUAUUUUGCAUUCGAAGGAAUUGACUUCCAUAUUCAUUAAGCUUUUAAAAAGACCACAACCUCAAGAUGGUUAAAAUCCAUUGACAUUUGCACUUUCAGACAUGACAAGUCUUGGAGCUGCUGAGAUGACUGGCCCCUGGCCUUUCCAUUUACACCUCCUGUUCUUCCUGUCCCCCCGGUUUCCCCACCUGCCUGGAUCUGGAGUUACUUUCAUAGCAUUUCUCACUCUUGGCUUCUUUUUUCCCCUGAUGGUCAAGUUGCUUAUGUUUCAAUAUUUCUUAACUGGGGUGUCUUAUAACAAAUGAUCUUUAGGUCUAAAAUAAGAAAAAAAGAGCAAAAACUAAAUGUUAUUUUUAUACCAUAACUUGAGUCUAUUGCCAAAAUCUGGAAAUCCCUCCCAUGCCCAAUAAGUUUACAUCCCAGAAACAUUGAGCCAUCAGAAGGAACUAUGUACCUGACUUGUUCUUUGGCCUGGCUAGGUAGGGGAUGGUUAUCUCCCUAAGGUGGGGCUCAGGCUCCAUCCUUCCCCUGUGCAGAUAAUAUCUUUUUCUUGCUAUAGGAUCCCUCUUCUGCACUGCCCUGCACUCUUUCCUGCAAGUUGCAUCUUUCCUUUCUCUGGUCCUCUGACACUUUGGCUCAUCACAGAUUCCAGUGUGUCCUGUGGACAGGCUGGGGGAUUUUGCUGCUCCCUAUUGCUUCUGUUUACACAAAUGAAUUUUUCCCGGUUUCCCACUAGGGCAUGUGAGUGGGUGGCGUGGGCCUUUGUUUUGUUUUGUUUUUUGUUUUUUGUCUCCCUGGAUAGAGGUUGGGUUUGGCUGUCUUGCAGAACUGGAAAAGUAGGGGGUUUCUAGCUUGGUGCCUACUGGCCUUGAGGCAAGGCCCCCUCUUUCCUUAACUGUUAAUUUUUUCCUGUCCCACUGCUUGGGAUGAGGAGUUGCAGCUUCAGUGUGGAAGUUCCUCUUUAAGGAGCCUGAGUUUGGGUUUACCCCAAUCUGGUGAUGAAGCCAUGACACUUUAGACCUAGCUCAGGCUUGGAGGCUGGUCUGGAUCCGGGCCUGUGCGCUUAGAGCUACCAUUUCCCCUCCCCAGCAGCCCUUGUACAGACCCAGAUUUGCUAUGCAAAACAGUCUAUCCCAGGUUCUGUUCUGGUUGGCUACUUUGUUCAGCAACUUCACAAAACGUAGCACAAACAUUGAUUAUGGAGAAGGCAUCAGGACUGUUGAGUAACUCCUCCUUUACUUCUUUCCUACUGGCUACAGUAUGGGAUGCCCCAUGGGCACAGCCCAGCUGAAGAACAGAAUGGAGGGCUCUGGGAGGAGGCAGCUCACUGGAGAGCCUACAUUCCUUACACAAGUGCCUAAAGAGAGUGAUGCCAACACUCCAUCUGCCCUGUCCAUCGCCUUCAUAUACUGUCUACUUCGUGUUCAGUCACCCUUUGGGGAGGGGAGCUCUCUUGGGACAAUGGGCUCUGCAUGUUCUCUUCUUGGGUGCAUUUUGGGGCUGGGAUCAGGGCACUGUUCCUGGAGGGUCCAGUCAUUCACCAGCAUUUGCAAAUAUCCAUAGGGAGCUGGUGGUAGCCACCUACUCUCAGCAACAAGUUUAUGUUCUCUCCUUUUUCUCUCUUUGCCUCACUCUCUCCAUUUGGGUUUUGAGCUGGGGCUUGCAAUGCAUUUUUUAGCCCUUUGGCAUUGCACAUGCUGUUCAAGAAAUAAGCAAGAGAAGCAAUUUGGGCGAUGGCAAGAAAAUAACCUCUUGCUCUGAAUUUUUUUUUUUUUUUAAUCUUUGAGACUUGAAAAAUACUUUGACCUUGAUGAUUAUUCUUGUUUGAAAGAUGGUGCAUGCAGAUUGAGAAGUGGUGUUAGCAACAAGCUUUGGCUUUCUUGGAUUUGGUUUAAGUGGUGCUUCUUACUUGUGCUCUGAGGAAGUGUUGGGGGACCCCAGCCUCAUCCUCUUGGACAGGUCUCUUGCUCCCUUCGUUUUACUCUUUUGCCUCUCUUUUCUACUUUUCUCUUUCCUUGGGAUCCUUUUCCCUUUUUCAAUUCACUAAGCUUGUUUGCUGGCCUGCCUGCCUAUGUGAUGAUGAAUUCUCUGCAUGGCUACGAUAAUCCCACUGUUAGCUAGCACAGUCAGGCUUAGCUUCUUGGCUACAGACAACCAACAAUCUGUUCCCCAAGCCCAGUAAUGUCCUCUCUGGGCUGGACUGCCAUCAAAGUUACUCAGCAGGCAUGCCUACCUGGCAUGAAAUCAGGGGGCUUCUGAUAACUUCCACACGUGUCCACUCCUUGGAGUAGGUUUCUCUCAUUGCUUUUUCUGGAUCUGGUUCCAUUUCUCUCUACAUGGGACCUCCCUUUUCUGAAGACAUCCUAGAGUUGAGCUACUUGGUUUCCAGGGUUGGAGGGUUAGGGGGAUGGACAUAGGGGAAGAAGAGAGUGAUGGGAAGAGAAUGGAGAGAAUUUGGAUAAAAGAUGGGAAAGAGCACUGUUCGUUGAUCAUUUUUCUAGUCCAGUCUGACCCAUUGGGGGUUGAGGUGCUACUGCUGAACUCAGGAUAAGCCUGGAGUUGUUGUUGUUCAUGGGAACUUAGGCUUAGAAUAAUGUUGAAGAAGAAAGUAUCUAAAAGCGUGAAACCUCCCUAAAAAGCUCCUGGUUCCCAUCUACUAGAUAGCUCCUCUGUGGCCUCCUGUUUGGCUAAACAACAAUGUUCUUGGAUAGUUUGGGGUGUUUUUCUUUUUUAUUUUUUUGUCCAGAAUUCAGUAAAUGAGGCUGACACUCAGGAUGGGCAUCCAAGGGGACAUUUUGACUUCUUAGCUGGCCCAUGGGUUAUCUGUCUACAAGGCUGGCGAGGCAGUGUUUUAAACCUGGCGUCAUGUGUAACAAAGAAGAAUGGAAAGUUCCUUCCCUUUCAGGGUGGAAAGUCCUCUCAAACUAGCCAAAAUGCAGUUUUGGAAACUACAUUGGGGGAAGUUAUUUUUUAUAUUUACUGGGCCUAGGCCAAUCUAGGAUGGUAGCUGGGAUGCCUUCCUUCUUAAAGUCUGAUCAUGGCAGGGAUAUGCAGGGCACUCUUUCCUAUUUAGCCUUCUAAGCAGAUUGGGGAGAAGGGAUUCUCUGGUUUUCUCUUCCCUCCCCCCACCCCCUCCUUUUAUUAGGACUUGCCUUCUCCCUGGGCAGGGAGAGAGGCUAGGUUGGUGCUCUCCCCUUACUCUAUUCCUACUGACUUAGAACCUCCGGCUGCUGUUUGGGAGCCUAAGAAAGGGAGUGGAGGUAAUGGGCUCAAAACAAAACAGAAUAAGGUGGGGAGGGCAAAGUUCCUUCUUUAAAAAGGAAAAUAGGAAACUCUCCAAGGAUUGUGCAAGUAAAGACAAUGUGUCGAAUGCACUGAGUCCCCUGGUGUAGUAGCAAUAAGGAAUAAUGAAAUGACUUUCCUGUGCACAGUCCAACCUGAUUGGUGUGUGAUGUUGCACUUAGCAGCCAUCUGGUGGGCAUGUGUGACUACUCUGGGUUUCACUUUAGUUUCUAAACUUUUUAUCCCUCUCAAGUCCAGCAUGGAUGGGGAAAUGUCCCUGAAGCCCCACAGCUGUGUACUUGUUUGCAUUUGUUUCCCUUUGAGACUUGUGUUUGUGUCCUGCUUUGAGCUGUACCUUGUCCAGUCCAUUGUAAAAUUAUCCCAGCAGCUGUAAUGUACAGUUCCUUCUAAAGCAAGCAACAGCAGCAGCACAAUUCUGUGUUUUAUAAAGACAACAGUGGCUUCUAUUUCUAAAGUGCGGUCUCUCUCUCUCUUUUCCCCCACCCCCAUUAGCAAAGCAAACUGUUGGGAUUAAUUAUAUGUGAUAGAUUUUAGGUUAGAGUAAUAGAUUGUUAUAAGAGCAGAACCAUUACUUCUAGAGGAAAAUGGAUAAAAAACACCAGAGUAUUGAAACUGCAGAUUGUAUGUAAUCAUACGUCACAAGGCCUCCGUUUAUUCUUCAUUCAACAAACCAUGUAAAGCACUGUGUCCAGCAGUGUUGUUAGGGGAGAUGGCAAACAUAAUUCAAUAAGGAGGAAAACCAUGUCUCUCUCCUUAAGGAGCUUAAAGUUUGGUGGUGGUGGGUGGGUAUGAGUGGCCAAAUGGUUCCCUGGUACAGGAGAGAAAUGAUGAAGGACUGAAACAAGGCUAUAAGGCUAUACACCAGUGAAGAUAGGAAAGGGAAGAUUUUUGAGAGACACUCAGAAAGAAUUAAUAGGACUCGAUAGAUGGUGAAAGAGGAAUAGACACUAAUGCUCAGGUUUCUGCUUGAGCAAUGAGUAUAUCGGGACAUUCUUCUAACCAAGACUAGGGGAGAAGGGAGACUAGACGGAAGGUGGUGAAUUUUGUGAAGACAGUUAGCCUUGUAUAGACGGAGUUUGGAGGUUCCCAUGAGGCAACAAUUUUAAGGUUUCCAGUAAACACUUAUAUUUUGGUGCUCAGGGAAGACUAUAAAACUGUAGUUGUAGAUAAUGGGAUUCAUACUCCUAUAUAUGGUAGGUAAAGCCAUAGGAAUAAACAAAAUAGCUUAGAAAAAGAGCGAGAAAAACAUAGUAUCCCGUUCUGGAAACACAAUUUAAAGGAUGAAGACAGGAAGCUGAACCUAAGAAGACAGUCAAAUCACUAGUAGAUACCUUGUAUAUUUUUUACUUAAUGAGGUAGGAGAAAAAAGAGAAUGGAAUAGGAUCCAAGAAGGGCGUAAUCAACAACAUGAACUGCUGCAGUGAGGAGGAGGUAUUUUUUUUCUACUCAGUUUACCAUCCUCCACCCCAUCUUCUCUGGGAUCUUAUAACUAUAUGGUCAUUCAGUAUUUCUUGAAAAUGAGCAUUGAAAAAACCUAAUUUAAAUAAAGCUAAGUCUAGGACUUCGAGUUGUUCAUCACAACCACCACUUCCACCUCCAGCUUCCUCCUGUCCUCAGGAGUUACUUGUAAAAGAAUAAAAUAAACAAACCUAAUUUUGUUCCUAA